UGUGCAGGCCGGCGAGUGUCUCCACGCCUCUCUCUCCGGCUGUCUGACUGAACGCUGCGGGUUCUGAAACCGACACUCAAAGUCUGAAAACACAAUUACACGCAAAAGGCGAAUGCGUGGAUAUCAUGCAGUCACGUGAAACCACUUUAUUUCUAGCUGAUAAACACACCAACGACUUCUCCUCUUCCUCUUUUUGGUGUGUUUUUCUCUGUGUGUAAUCGAAGGGGGAGACUGGAUUCAGAGACGAGGAAAACAGGAAUGUUUCUUCCGGUACCAAAGAGUGUGAAACCCGAACGGAAGCCGAUGUGGUCUUUGUAGUCUGACAGCAUACUCUUGUCUUCCUACCUUCACUUCCGCUACUUGUGCCUCACUGAAUGCUGUGCAACUCAGCUCUGCUGCUGGCUUUGGUUUCCCCCAAACUGAAGGAAAAACCAUUGAGGCAAGAGAGAGGCCUCUGUCUCCAGAACUGCAGCCAACCUUUCUCAGAACUUUGACUGACCCCUCUUUCCACUCCAUAACCAUAACUUCCAAACCUCCUGCCAGCUGCUAGACACGGUUGGCAAUCGCUAUUCCUGGGCAGAAGGAUCGACCAUCGCCCCCCGACCGGUCCCAGACUGGUGCGCCUUCAGUGGGGGAGGGAGGGGAAGGAAGGCAGCUGAACGGCUUGCAGCUUUCCCCGGAGAUGAAGCUGCAGGCUGUCAUGGAGAACCUGCACAGGCAGCAGAGGGCCAAGCUUCUUAUGGAGCAGCAGCUACAGCAGCAGGCCGCCGCCCAGCACAAUCAGGUCCGCACAAUUGUUGGUGGAGGGGAUGAGCCGAUGGGGAGCCCGGCCCCUGAGGCAGAGCAGGCCCAGAUGGCAGCACUGGCCGCCAUGCGUGCCGCAGCGGCCGGGCUGCAGAGGGUGACGGACAGCCCCAUGUCAGAUCGCAGCAGUGGCGGUGAGGACGAAGGUGAUGAGGAUGACAAUGACGACGGGGAGGAGCAUUACAAGGACAUGAUGGGGUCAGAUGAGGAGGAGCAGAUCAAACAGAAAUGGGACGAAGAAGACUUCGAAGGCGAGAUGGAAGAUGACUUUGACGACGACCUGGCGGAGGAGGGUCUGCCGACCGGCCAUGACACAGUGGCUCCCGGAAAGGGCAUCUUCCUACUGCCCCACCGUCAACUCCACCCCCAGUCCCAGCUGCUGAAGGCCCGUCCUAGUGUCAACCAGGAGACCCGCGUAGCCACCCUGCCUCCCCAAGCCACUCACAGCCAUCUGGGCGGGCAGGACCACGGAGAGUGGACCUACGAGGAGCAGUUCAGACAGCUGUAUGAACUGGAUAGAGACCCAAAGAGGAAAGAGUUUCUGGAUGAUCUCUUCAGCUUCAUGCAAAAAAGAGGAACCCCAGUGAAUCGUAUUCCCAUCAUGGCCAAGCAGGUUCUGGAUCUGUACAUGCUCUACAUGCUGGUGACAGAGAAGGGCGGCCUGGUGGAGGUCAUCAACAAGAAACUGUGGAGGGAGAUCACCAAGGGACUCAACCUGCCUACCUCAAUCACCAGUGCAGCCUUCACCCUUCGCACACAAUACAUGAAGUACCUGUACCCAUACGAAUGUGAUAAGAGGGGUCUGAGCAACCCCAACGAGCUCCAGGUAGCCAUCGACAGUAAUCGGCGGGAGGGCCGCCGACAGAGCUUUGGCAGCUCCCUCUUCACCUAUUCGCCCAAUGGGACGCCCACCAUGCUCUCCUCACCGAAGCUCCCCUCAGCCAGUGUGGGUCUAACGGUUGGCACCAACGGGGCCUCCUAUACCCCCAUCCAGAAGAUCAAGAAGGAAGAGGAAGGAGGCCACUCGCUGCCAGGGCUUGGUGUGGCUCGUCUGCCAGCGGGUUCCCUUGCGGGCCACACGGUGGCUGCUGUGCAGGUAGCGGCAGCUCAGGCAGCUCAGAUAGCGGCUCUGGAGCAGCUGAGGGACAAACUGGAGGCCGGCGAGCCACCAGAGAAAAAGAUGGCGCUGUCGGCCGAGGAGCACCACCGACUGCUGCAGAGAGCUCUGCAACACAACCUGCUGGCCAUGACCGCUCAGAUACCCAUGAACAUCCGCAUCAAUAACCAAGACAGCAGACAGGACUCGGCCCUGAACCUUACCACAAACGGCACAAGCAGCAUCAGCAUGUCAGUGGAGCUCAAUGGAGUGGUGUACGCUGGCGUCCUUUUUGCCCAGGCAGCAGCAGGAUCGUCCGUCUCCAACAAGACGGUCAGCAGUCAUGUCGCUCCACAGCAGCAGCAGAACACACCUACCUCAACCUCAACCUCAACCUCAACCUCCAACAACCUGUUGUCUUAACUGGCCUUUCCCCUUUUU